GCUGCCCGGGCGGAAAGCAACCGAGCAGACUGCCUGGGAGAGGGGAAGGCGGUUGGAAAGAGAGCUUCAGCAGCAGAAAUGAGCCCGGAAAAGCAUCCUGAGGAAGAGGAGGAGGUUGACUGCGUUCUCCUUUCAGCACCCAAGAUCCUAAAUUCCUCUGAGGGGGUAAAGGAAAAUGGUGGCAGUGAAACAGAAUACGGCUGCAUAACAGAAUCAGAAAAUCAAAUCCAACCACAUUCAGCACUGAAAGCCCUUCAGCAUCAGCUGGAAUCAUUUCAGGCUCUCCGAAUACAGACUUUGCAGAAUGUUAGCAUGGUGCAGUCUGAAAUCAGUGAAAUAUUGAACAAAAGUAUUACUGAAGUAGAAAACCCACAAUUUAGCUCAGAAAAAAAUCUAGUGUUCAGCACACGCAAUGAAAAAGCUUUGGGCGACUGGAUUGUCAAAGAUGAAAAUAAGGAAACUCCUGUCCUGAAAACCCUAAAAGAUCCUAUAGAGAAUCAAGAAGAAACCCUUUCUAUGGAGAAAAUUCAGCAUUUUGAGGAUCCUAGGACUCUUCAUUCAGUAGAAGAAAUAUUCAGUAGUGAUAGUGUUAACAGUCUCUCUCAAGGUAUAAAUAUCCCAUGCCAGAUACAUUUCAAGGACAUAUUAACUUCGACAGAUAACUCAGCUUCAGAAAAUUCUGACUUGAAGAAUGAUAAUAACCUUUAUAAUUUCCUACCUAAUGUACCUCAAAACGGGAUGUCUCAAGCUGAUAUGGUAAUUGUGGAUAAGUCCAGAAUUACUGUGCCUUUUCUCAAGCAUGGAUUUUGUGAAAAUUUAGAUGAUAUUUGCCAUUCUAUCAAACAAAUGAAGGAAGAGCUUCAAAAGUCACAUGAUAGGGAACUGGCACUUACAAAUGAACUGCAAACUUUAAAAGCUAUUCCAAGGAAUGGUAACUAUGACCUGCCCCCAACUCACAAGGAAAAAAUUAACUUUAUUAAGGAAGAAAAUAUUGAAAGUAACUUAAAUGAAGAUAUAAAAUCAAAGAGAAUUUUGGAAUUAGAGCCACUAGUAAACAAAUUACUCCCACUCAGGGAAACAGUGUCAAAAUUCCAUGUGAGUUUUUGUAGGAAAUGUAAAAAACUAUCUAAGAGUGAAAUACACAGGGGGGAAAAGAAUGAGAAAAAUAAUAAAGAAAUUCCUAUUACUGACAAGAAUAUUGCAGAUUUAAAACUCCAUUCCAGAGUGCCAAGACAUGCACUGGCAUUCUUUGACCCAACAAAAUAUGCAAUGAAAGACAAAGAAAGACAACCAUUUGCAGUAAAACAAGGAUCAAUAAUAUUUGAAAAUGAGAAGACAUCCAAAGUCAAUUCUGUUACUGAGCAGUGUGUAGCAAAAAUUCAGUACUUACAGAAUUACCUGAAAGAAUCUAUGCAGAUACAGAAAAAAGUAAUGAAACUGGAGAAUGAAAACCUAACCCUUAAAACGAAAAUUAAACCUCUUGUCUUUAUCACACAAUCUCUGAUACAGAAAAUUGAAAUGUAUGAAAAACAACUUAAGACAUUGGUUGAAGAAAAGAACACUAUUCAGUCCAAGUUAAUUAAAACAGAAGAAGAUGGCAAAGAAUGUCUUAAAGAAUUGAAAGAAAUAAUUAGUAACUAUAAUGUUCUCCAAGGACAAAAUAAAACCCUAGAGGAAAAAAAUAGUCAACUUUCUUUGGAGAAGCAACAAAUGAUAGAAACAUUAGAACAACUAAAAAGUAAGGAACACCAAACUCAAAGUGACAUGGCCAUUGUCAAUAAUGAAAAUAAACUACUGAUCACAGAAAUGGAAUCAAUGAAAACAAAUAUUCUAUUGAUACAAGAGGAAAAAGAAAUGUUAGAGGAAAAAACAUACCAGCUUCUAACGGAAAAAGGCUCACUUGAAAAUGAACAAAAAGAAAACCAGCUAGAGAUAAUGCAGCUAAAAGAGAAAGAAAGAUUGGCAAAAACUGAACAAGAGACACUUCUGCAUAUAAUAGAAACAGUUAAAAAUGAAAAGCUUAAUCUUGAAACAACCUUACAAGAAUCUACUGCUGCAAGAGAAAUGAUGGAAAGAGAAAUUGAGGAUAUUCAAACAUACCAAUCUACCACCGAAGAGAAUUUUCUGCAAGAAAUAAAAAAUGCAAAAUCAGAAGCAAGUAUGUAUAAGAAUAGUUUGUCAGAAAUGGGCAACAAAUGUGAAAUGUUAUCAAAAAUGUUAAUGGAAAUUAAAACUGAUAAUCAGAUUCUAAAAGAAGAACUAAAAAACCAUAGUCAAGAAAGUAUAAAAUUUGAAAACAGCAUCAGUAGACUUGAGGAAGACAAAAUACUUUUAGAAAACUAUGUAAGAAGUAUAGAGAAUGAAAGGGAUACCUUGGAAUUUGAGAUGCAGAAUCUUCAAAGAGAAUAUUUAAAUCUAAGUGAAAAAAUCUAUAAUCAUCGUAUUGACCUAUCAAAAAUGGGCUACAUUUCAAGAAGAGAGAAAUUCCAUCUUGACAUCUAUGAUAUUUAUGAAGACACCUCUAGUCCUAGGAGUAGGCCUUUAGCCCCUGAUUUGAAAGGAAUUCCAAGUAAACCGUAUCAAUUGCUUCCAUCCAAGCCAUGUAAAUAAAUUUCUAAAAUCAAUGUUUCAAAAUCCUUUGUCCAAGUACUUUUUUCAACAAAAAAUUUUAAAUUC